AUGUGUCGUCAUGGAUGGUGUACAGCAAGUGACCAGGCCGUGGACAGGUCACUCGGGGCUACAGCCAGUGACCAGGCCGUGGACGGGUCACACGGGGCUACAGCAAGUGAUCAGGCCGUCAACGGGCCACUCAGGGCUACAGCAAGUGACCAGGCCGUGGACAGGUCACUCGGGGCUACAGCCAGUGACCAGGCCGUGGACGGGUCACUCAGGACUAGGGCCAGUGACCAGGCUGUGGACGGGUCACUCGGGGCUACAGCCAGUGACCAGGCCGUGGACGGGUCACUCAGGGCUACAGCAAGUGACCAGGCCGUGGACGGGCCACUCAGGGCUACAGCCAGUGACCAGGCCGUGGACGGGUCACUCAGGGCUACAGCAAGUGACCAGGCCGUGGACGGGUCACUCAGGACUACAGCAAGUGACCAGGCCGUCAACUGGCCACUCAGGGCUACAGCAAGUGACCAGGCCGUGGACGGGCCACUCAGGGCUACAGCCAGUGACCAGGCCGUGGACGGGUCACUCGGGGCUACAGCCAGUGACCAGGCCGUGGACGGGCCACUCAGGACCACAGCAAGUGACCAGGCCGUGCACGGGCCACUCAGGACUACAGCAUGUGACCAGGCCGUGCACGGGCCACUCAGGACCACAGCCAGUGACCAGGCCGUGGACGGGUCACUCAGGGCUACAGCAAGUGACCAGGCCGUGGACGGGUCACUCAGGACUACAGCAAGUGACCAGGCCGUGGACGGGCCACUCAGGUCUACAGCCAGUGACCAGGCCGUGGACGGGUCACUCAGGGCUACAGCAAGUGACCAGGCCGUGGACGGGCCACUCAGGGCUACAGCCAGUGACCAGGCCGUGGACGGGCCACUCAGGUCUACAGCAAGUGACCAGGCCGUGGACGGGCCACUCAGGGCUACAGCCAGUGACCAAGCCGUGGACGGGCCACUCAGGGCUACAGCCAGUGACCAGGCCGUGGACGGGUCACUCAGGGCUACAGCAAGUGACCAGGCCGUGGACGGGCCACUCAGGGCUACAGCAAGUGACCAGGCCGUGGACGGGCCACUCAGGGCUACAGCCAGUGACCAGGCCGUGGACGGGCCACUCAGGGCUACAGCCAGUGACCAGGCCGUGGACGGGCCACUCAGGGCUACAGCAAGUGACCAGGCCGUGGACGGGCCACUCAGGGCUACAGCAAGUGACAAGGCCGUGGACGGGCCACACUGGUAG